GUGAUAAUAAGAAAUGCUUACCUGCAGCAACCGCGUUCUUCUUCGCCGGGUCGAUACACGACGACGGAGGUCUAUUUCAGCAAGCGCACAAAUGAAUGCUGGUAGCAAUGCAACGCAGAUCAACCAAAUUACGCUUAAAGUGACACCACUGACACCGGAGAAUAUUAAGCCUUUCGGUCAGAUCAUCUCCAGCUCUGAGGAUGGCAAGCUUUUCGAUCAGGAUGACGCACAGCUGGUAUUGAACCAGGGGACACCCAGGUUCUACAUCAUGCGCCUCCCCGCCCGGGGACUUCGCUUCCAUCGCAUCACCUACCAUGGCAGAGUGACGCAGUGCUUAGGGGGCCUUACGCCGCCGCAUUCCUGGUAUAUGGCCCUUGCAGCUCCCUCGGGCAGCUUGGAGCGAUACCCACAACCCGAAGAUAUUCGUGUGUUUCGAAUCCCCUUUGGCAGCUUUAUCAAGUUAGAAGUCGGCACCUGGCAUGCAGGUCCCUUGUUUUCGGAGCCCGGCGCCAUGGACUUCUACAACCUUGAGCUCGCGGAUACGAACGUUACGGACCAUAACACACAUGACUACCGGCGGCACAGCAAUACGGAGUUCAUCGUGGAGGAUGAUCACCUGCCGACCGCAUCCUCGGCCUAGAUUCAGGAGGGGGACGCCAAGGCAGAGAAGACCUUCACAUGGUUAAGACCGACCGCUUAGCUGGGCCUGUCUUAAUCAGCGCAGCGCUAGGGCGGCGUUGGCGGCGGCUGCGAUGCAGGGAGUUGCUUUGGGUGGCGGUGCUGUUGGAAGACAGUGUGAGGCCUCUGGCCUGGGUGUUCAUGGGAGUUAUUGUGGCACGGGGCAGAUUGGCGGUCGUGUGAACAGUAAGGAGAACCCUCGCCAGCAGGGUUGGAGAGGUGUCCACCUUGCGAGAUAUGGUUAAGGGAGAAGUAGUUGAGCUAUGAGCUAUCCAAACAUGGUUGUCGAGGAGCGUUACGUAGCUGCACCGGGCCGUUAAUGCAAGACUGUGUUGGGGCGUUGAUUGGGUGACGGUGUCUCUUUUUGAAAGGUGGGCUACGUGCUGCCGCUUGAAGGUAAGGCUGCCCUGCGACGUACUGCACGACAGGCCCCGGGGUCAGGCGCAGUUUUUAGGGUGCGCGGGCGGUGGUGGCAUGUCCCAUUGCGUGUGAAAAAGCUGGGUUUGGCUUGCCUUCCAGAGGGUUUACAAAGUCAAUAUGUGGUUUAGUGGUAUGUGGUAAAUGCUGAGAGGCCCGUUCCUGUUUCGGGAAAUCCGUCGGGAUCUGCGGGAAGGCUGAUGAGGCGGGUGUCGAAAAAAUCUGCAUCUGUCGCUCUGUCCGUGCUCCUAUGUAAGUGCGUUUUUGCUCAUGCAGGUGCCAGAUGCCAGGGUAUUCGAUACACCAAAGUAACUGUAAGCCCAUCAUCAUC